UGGCGGACGAUGAUUGAGUUUUGAGUGAUUGUGCGAACGAAGAGGAAAGAUCAYUUGUUUUGAAUAUAUAUUUAUGAUGGCUAUGAAUACAGGAGGAAGAAAGGUAUUUAACGCUAAGCCACCAGAUAAAGGAAGUUUUCCUCUUGACCAUGACGGCGAAUGCAAAGCUUUCAUGAAGAAAUACAUGACAUGCCUUCGAGACCACAAAGGCGAUAAUCACUCCUGUAGAGAAGAAUCCAAAGCAUAUCUUGAGUGUAGAAUGCAAAGAGAACUCAUGGCAGUUGAAGACAUGAACAAACUUGGCUUCAAGGAUCUCAACUCAUCCAAAACAGCAAGCCAGAAUUCCACAGCCAGCUGAUACAUGUACUGGUACUUGGAAACACUGUGAAAAAGUAGAAAAAUGUAAAAUAGCAUGUUAAACAAGAGACAAAGUUUAUAUCGUGAGAUAUAAAAUUUUUUUAAGAAAUACCUUAAAUUUUUCAAUAGAGGAGACAAAAGGCAAUUUGGCUUUAUAUUUCCAUUUUUGCACUCCUUCAUACAGUCUGCCCCUGAGAAGAGUGAUGGGUUGAUUGUCAAAAUAAUGAACUUGUGAUUGAUGGAUCAUGAGGUACCCCAAUGAACUGCAAAGAAUGUAAAUAUUAGGUUUAUUUCAACAUCAAAGAUCAUCAUUAAAAAACUUCAAGGUAAAGGUUAUACCACCCUAA